AGAACGAUUAACCAGCGUCCAAACAAGCUAUUGUUGAUCCAAGCCUGAUACACAUACCGUUCUGUAACUUGCGCAGCAGUACACUCAAGUGCGCAUACACACUAUAUCAACCCCCUAAAGUCUCUUCAGAUAUCUACCACCAAAUGUACCCUAAAGAUACGCUUUCAGACGCUAUCAGAACAAGAAGCCCAAGUGCAUGUCAACGUUUGGAGAGAAAGAGAGAGAGAAAGAAAGAGAGGGUCAUCACUGGUCAUGCAGCUGCAGAGAUGUCAGACUUCGAGUGCCACGAGAAAGAGCGUGAGAUAGCGAGGGGAGAGUAGUGGCGUGUAAUUAUGAACGUAGCCUGUGAAAAAUAAAUAAGCAUUAGGACUUCGCAACAGAGCUUUGCCGUUCUUUUCAAAAAUGGCACAAAAAGCCAACUUUGUGUAACCGUUCCCUCCCCACGCGUCCAACCCUCUUAUUAAAUCAGCUUCGGCCAGACUUACAACCCCUUAACUACGAUCUUAUCUUAGAAAUCAUCUUUAUUUAUUGUUGUCAUUAAUAUAUGUCACUGUCUUUUUGACUCUUCAUUCUUGCUUCAUUGAUUUUCCGGCGACCGGGAAAAAAUGUCGCCGGGAGGGAGAAACAAGAGCUGGAAUGGAGUGGAGGGUAAGCAUUACCCUGCUCCACUUGCCUCCCAUGAGGAUGUUGUCAGCGACCCUAUAGUCUUCUGGGACACUUUGAGGCGCUUCCAUUUUAUGAUGACCACCAAAUUUAUGAUUCCUGUGAUUGGGGGCAAGGAGCUAGAUUUGCACAUUCUUUACGCAGAGGUUACAAAAAGGGGCGGUUACGAAAAGGUUGUUGCAGAGAAGAAAUGGAGGGAAGUGGGUAAUAUUUUCAGGUUCUCUCCAACAACAACGAGCGCUUCUUUUGUACUGAGAAAACACUACUUUGGUCUUCUUUACCAUUAUGAGCAGGUUUACUUUUUUAAGCUACAGGGUCCUGUGUUUACCCCAACAGUUCCAUUUCCUGCCAGCAACCCUUUGUGGAGACCUGAAUUGGCUCUAGUGGAGUAUUCCCCCAAAACGACUACAGAUUAUGUGGAACCACUUAUUGAAGGCCCUUCAUGUUUCUCAGCUACUGGAACAAUUGAAGGGAAGUUCGAUUGUGGUUAUUUGGUAUCUGUGAAAUUGGGUUCUGAGACUCUUAGAGGAGUACUUUACCAUCCGGAGCAGCCAGAUUCUUCAGUCUCUGUUCCUGAAUCUAACAGUGCUAUUGUACCAUACACCCAUAGUCCUUGCCACUCAAGUCGUCGUCGUCGGAGAAGUAGAAGAAGGGGAGACCCCAACUACCCAAAACCGAAUCGCAGUGGCUAUAACUUCUUCUUUGCAGAGAAGCAUUACAAGCUCAAAGCUUUGUACCCAAACAGAGAGAGGGAGUUCACAAAGAUGAUCGGUGAGUCAUGGAGCAACCUCAGCCCAGAAGAAAGGAUGGUUUACCAGAACAUUGGGUUGAAGGACAAAGAACGAUACAAGAGAGAAUUGAAAGAGUACAAAGAGAAAAUGAAUCUCAGUCAAACCGUGGAACUUGGAAGUUAAGAGAGCUGACUAAGAACAGAGGGAGCCGCCAAAACCAAAAGAAUUUGAAGGGAACUUUUUGAGUUGUACAAUUAUCUCUAUACGUAUGUGGUACUGUUAGAAAACCGCAAUCUCUUGCAUGCAUAUUGAUUUUAACCCAUGUCGCGCUGAUGUUGCUGUUGGAUAUUCUGGAUGGCAGAAAGUCAAUACAGAAAAUUGAAUGCA